AUGUUCAUAGGCCUUAAGGCAAUCGGCAGCAAUACCGAGGUGCAAACCGUGCAAACAAGCUCGAUAGUGGGUGGAUCCGAGGCGGCCUUAUCGGCGACGCAAGUUCUUCCUCAGCGCAGCGAUAAACCUCACGCCUCAAACAUGGACGGAUUCGACGAGGAAGCGUUUAAGAAAUUCUUUCCUUCCGGCUUUGGCAAGCAGGAGAAAUCAAUCGAUGUUGAAUCUCAGAUUAAUCGGUCCAAGCGAACGGAGAUCUCGGCUUCCAAGCCGCUCGCUGGUGCAGACGGAACAGAGCUGAAUGCGCCCGCCACAGCUGGUCCUGUCGUUACAGAAAAGAGGCCACAAGAACCCAAAGACAGUGAUGAAGACUCUGAUGAUGAUGAUUCUGAAGAUGAGGAUGAUGAGGAUGAAUUCCCUGUAUCGCACGAGCUGGUCUUGAAGACUCAUGAACGCGCCGUGACAACUAUGACCGUGGACCCCUCGGGGGCACGACUAAUCACAGGUUCCACUGAUUGCACACUGAAACUCCACGACUUUGCUUCCAUGACACCUUCAACCAUCCGCGCAUUCAAGUCUGUCGAUCCCUCCGUCAAGAAGCAAUCAGCAGCCCAAGACACCCACGCCGUUAACUACGUCGCAUUCAACCCGCUCUCUCCCAGCCAUGUCCUAGUUGUCCCUGCGACCUCCCAGCCGCGAAUCCUGAGUAGAGAUGGCGACACUUUGACGGAGUUUGUGAAGGGUGACAUGUACCUUCGGGAUUCACACCAUACGAAGGGCCAUACCUCGGAGGUCUCUGGUGGCGUUUGGUGUCCCACGGACGAGAACCUCUGUGCUACAGCUGGAUCGGACAGCACUGUGCGUAUUUGGGAUGUCAAUGUAGGCCGCUCCCAGAAGGAGGUGAUUGUGCAUAAGUCGAAGGCCGCUGGGUCUGCUGGACGGACCAAGAUGACCGCCGUGGCUUGGGGAUCUCCGAAGCAGGGAGGGUCGAAUAUCCUUGUUGCUGCGGCACUUGAUGGAAGCCUGGUAAUGUGGGGUGGGAAUGGGCCUUUCACCCGACCUAGUGGUGAAGUCCGAGAGGCACAUACCCGAAACACUUGGACCAGUGGCUUAGAUAUCAGUGCCGAUGGACGUCUGAUCAUCAGCCGAGGUGGAGACGACACCAUCAAGUUGUGGGAUACACGGAAGUUCAAGUCACCAGUUACAACUGUAACACACCCAUCGACCUCCUCCCGGUAUCCUACCUCGAACAUCCAAUUCUCGCCGAGCUCAGCGAACGUCAUUGUUGGGUCUGAGACGGGUCACUUGCACAUUCUCAACCCCGCGACAUUGAAGCCAGAACUAGUAACGCCCGUCACUCCAGGUUCGCCAUUGAUCACCGUUUUGUGGCAUGAGAAGCUCAACCAAAUCUUGACUGGCUCCGCCAACGCCGAAACGCAUGUCCUAUACAACCCAACAAUGUCUACUAAGGGAGCUGCUCUGGUCAUGUCCAAGGCACCCAAGCGGCGCCAUGUGGACGACAACCUAACCCUCACGACAGACCUGUCCUCCGGACUUGCUGGUGAUUCCGUGGUUGUCAGCUCCAACGGUGUCCCACAUUACAGCUCUGCAACCUUUGCGGCCCGCCACCCAACGAUCGGAUUGACAGCGUCUGGUCGCUCCAGAGACCCGCGCCGUCCACACAUGCCGCAAGUGACGCCCUUUGCCAAGUCUCAGCCGGAUGAGAAGCAUAUUCGUGAGAGUUUCCCUCUCAGUUCCAUGCGUGAUGAGGACCCGCGAGAGGCACUGUUGAAAUACGCCGAGAAGGCAGAGAAAGACCCCAUCUUUACUCGUGCAUACAAGGAGACACAACCAAACGCGAUCUAUGCGGAAUUGAGCGAUGAGGAGGAGGCGGGCCCAGAAAAGAAAAAAGCACGCCGAUGA